UCCACAGGUAAAAUUAUUGAAUUUUCUUUUGCCGUUUCCAAUAAAAGUUGUUUUAAUGUUGGGAGUGACUGAUGGAUGGUGGUUGUCUGUCUGCAGUGGACAUGGGCUGUCUAGGAGGGAAGACGGAGGAAGAACGACUGGACGAAAAAGCCAAACGGGAAGCCAACAAGAAGAUAGAGAGACAGCUGCAGAAAGAGCGGCAAGCGUACAAAGCCACACACCGACUACUACUGCUAGGAGCAGGGGAGUCGGGUAAGAGCACUAUCGUCAAGCAGAUGAGGAUUCUCCACGUGGAUGGUUUCAAUGCUGAAGAGAAGCAGCAGAAGAUUCAAGACAUCAGGAAGAAUGUGAAGGAUGCCAUUGUGACCAUAGUGUCUGCCAUGAGCAUGUUGACUCCGCCCAUUCCUGUUGGUAACCCUGCCAACCAGUUCAGAAUUGACUACAUCAAAGGCAUCGCACCGCUGUCUGACUUUGAAUACACCGAGGAUUUCUUUGAGCAUACUCAGAAGCUUUGGGAGGAUGAAGGCGUGAAGGUGUGCUACGAGCGCGCCAACGAGUACCAGCUGAUUGACUGCGCUAAGUACUUCUUGGACAGGUUAGACUCAGUCAGAAGGGCCGACUACACCCCUACUGACCAGGAUUUGCUCCGCUGCAGAGUUCUCACUUCAGGGAUUUUUGAAACCCGCUUCCAAGUGGACAAAGUCAACUUUCAUAUGUUUGAUGUAGGAGGACAGAGGGAUGAACGCAGGAAGUGGAUCCAGUGCUUCAAUGACGUGACGGCUAUCAUCUUUGUAGCAGCGAGCAGCAGCUACAACAUGGUGAUCCGAGAGGACAACUCCACCAAUCGACUGCGGGAAUCCCUCGACCUUUUCAGAUCCAUUUGGACCAACAGGUUUCUGAAGACAAUUUCAGUUAUUUUGUUCCUGAACAAACAAGAUGUUCUUGCUGAUAAAAUACUGGCAGGGAAGUCCAAACUGGAGGAUUAUUUCCCGGAAUACGUCAACUACACUGUUCCUCCAGAUUCUGUUCCAGACACGGAUGAGGACGCCAGGGUGACCAGAGCCAAAUUUUUUAUCAGAGAUGAGUUUUUGAGGAUCAGCACAGCAAGUGGCGAUGGCAAACACUACUGCUAUCCUCACUUCACGUGCGCGGUCGACACAGAGAACAUCCGCCGUGUCUUUAAUGACUGUCGUGACAUCAUCCAGAGAAUGCACCUGCGGCAAUACGAGCUGCUCUGAAUGACUGACUGUGGCCUUUCUCUUUCUGGAUCAAGCCAGUCAUUAUUUAUAUAUAUACACACACACACACACCGAUAUAUUAGUUAUUAAUGAUUGUUGUGAGUAGUAAAUGCUGCCUUCUAGACUGCUGGUACAUUUUAAUGCCUAAUUAAAAGUAAACAAAUAAUGACUGAUGACCACAAUAAGUGUGUUUAGUACGAGACUAGUGGCUAAAAUGAAACAGCAGAUUCCUAAAAACAACACACUUGUCAUAUAUGGCGUGCUUUUUUCUGACAAUGUGGGCCCCAGACCUAUUUUAACCCUAUUCUGGGGGUAAAAACAAAACUUCGCAGCUGUCUUGAAUACACCAUGUCAUGUGAUACAUCAACUGUGUUUCAUAUUUUAGCUUGUAACAAGGGUACUAUACAUAAUCGUAGCGAAAACACUACAUAUGUGAAUUAAAAAAAAUAAUUUGUCAAAUUGUCUGCCUUUCUGGUCAAUAAAAUA